AUGGUACUUAUAAAACCAGUCAAUUUAACGAAAUGGAUUGAAGAGAAUCAAGAUUUGUUGAAACCGCCAGUUAACAAUUAUUGUCUACACCGUGGAGGAUUUACAAUCAUGAUAGUUGGAGGACCCAACGAAAGAAGCGAUUAUCAUAUUAACCAAACGCCAGAGUAUUUUUACCAAUACAAGGGUACAAUGUGCUUGAAAGUAGUUGAUGAUGGAGAGUUCAAAGACAUUUUCCUUCACGAAGGAGACUCCUUUUUGUUGCCGCCUAAUGUGCCUCACAAUCCGUGUCGUUAUGCAAACACAAUUGGUUUAGUCGUUGAACAAGAUCGUCCCGAAGGUGUCAAUGAUAGGGUAAGAUGGUACUGUAGUGAAUGUAGCAAUAUAAUCUCCGAGGAGGAAUUCUACUUGACUGAUUUGGGCACGCAAAUUAAAGAAGCAAUUGUUGCGUUUGACUCAAAUAUCGAUGCAAGGACUUGUAAAAAAUGUGGGCACCUAAACUCAUCCAAAAGAGAAUAA